UGCUCUGUAAAUUUCAGGAGAAAGGUAAAAAGGUAUAAAGCUCCCCUCUCAGUGCUGUCUCCCUUAAACCUUUCUCUUUCUUUGGGGUCUGCAGGACAGAAAAGAACUUCUUUAUUAUUAUGAGGCUUUUAAUGCGAUGUUUUCCAAUUGCUUAAUCCCAUCCUUUUCAGUGUAAAAGGGUGUAUUGUUUUGAUUCCCUUAGAUCUCUUGCUUUUUUUCUGUUAUUUGCUGAAGCAAAGGAAGAAACCUCCCCUACCCACACCCUCACAAAACACAGUCCAGCCCAGCCCUGGGGAGCAGUGCCGUGGCUGGGGCUACUGAGCAGUGUGGGUCUGAGCAUCGCUUCCUCAGGAAGUCACACUUUGUGGGUCCUGUGUAUGAGACAGAAACACAGAGCAGAGUUGCUUGAGGUGCUGAAGGGCUGGAGGUUUCCCUGCGCUUUUCCCAGCCUUCUUGAGAAGAAGCAGUUGAAGGUGUCUGUGGGACACUGUGUCCGGACCCCUACCAAGCUGGCAGUGCCUCGCUGCGCCGUGCCAGCCACCAUGGAGACGCUGUCCCAGGACUCCCUGCUGGAGUGCCAGAUUUGCUUCAACUACUACAGCCCGCGCAGGCGGCCCAAGCUGCUGGACUGCAAGCACACGUGCUGCUCGGUGUGCUUGCAGCAGAUGAGGACCAGCCAGAAGGACCUGCGGUGUCCCUGGUGCCGUGGCAUCACCAAGCUGCCGCCGGGCUACUCUGUGUCACAGCUGCCUGAUGACCCCGAGGUGAUCGCCGUCAUCGCCAUCCCCCACACCUCUGAGCACACCCCUGUCUUCAUCAAACUCCCCAGCAACGGGUGCUACAUGCUGCCCCUGCCCCUCUCCAAGGAGAGGGCUAUGCUGCCGGGAGACGUCGGCUGUCGCCUCCUGCCUGGCAGCCAGCAGAAGUCCCUGGCGGUGGUGACGAUCCCGGCCGAGCAGCAGCCGCUGCAGGGUGGCCUUCCUGCUGAGGCAGGUGCAGAGGAGCCUGACCGCAGAGGCGUGGUGAAAAGCUCCACCUGGUCGGGGGUUUGCACUGUGAUCCUGGUGGCCUGUGUCUUGGUCUUUCUCCUGGGCAUCGUCCUCCACAACAUGUCAUGCAUUUCCAAGCGCUUCACGGUGAUCUCAUGCGGCUGAGGGGUGUGGGGCUGCCCCGGGGUUGCUCACCCAGGGGUUGGGUUGGUGGUGGUGGUGGUAUCGAGUGAGACAAUUCACCGAAACUUUGGCUGAUGACUGCAGGACACUUUGUUCCCAGAUGGUGGUGCACCAGCCUGGCCACAGCCCUCGGCACCAGUGGAGAAACCUAUGUCCAGUGUCUGAUGGGAACGGCAAUGAGAAGGACUGCAUGCGUCACCAUAAUCAUUUAUCAAGGGGACUGUAAUUUAUGGCAGUUUUUAUUGUGUUAUGAGAUUAAAGACAUCUGUGUAGCUGGUUGUACUGUAAAGUAUGCAGUAUGAGCUCUUCUCUAACCGCGGUAGCUCAAAAUCAGAACUGCUCCAUGUAGAAUUGAAGGAGAACUGGCCUGUGACUCAGUGAAAAGUGUUCGAUACCAACCCACACGUGUUAUUUUUUAACUGGGGGGAAGGGGAGACUUGUAAAACAGAAAUCAUUUAGUUGGUAAGACAUUUUCUAUGUUUUAAGCUGCACAUUAAUUAAACUAAGUUAGGAGGUUGUACAAUAGUUUUUAAAAGGAAACAUUUUACAAGCAAUUGUUUGGUUCUGUGGUAUGUGGUUUUUUGCCUGUGUCUGAUUUUCCCCACUGUUUUCGGCUAUGGGGAAGUGACACUUAAGAAUCUUCUAUUUGAAGGAGAUUCUGAGCAGGGAAGCAAAGUGAGCCUAGGAGGAAUACUUAACAAUGCAGCCAAACAUUUCUGCCUAACCCACUUCACAUGAAGAAUGGCUCUGAAUGGUGAACAUUAGUCAUACUGUUUUACCUCUGAUCUGGCAAGUGGGCUUCCUGCAGACUUGGCCUUCAUGGCUAUUAGUGAAGAAGUGGGUCAUGAGAAGUCCUAGGACUCCUUCCUGCAAGGACGUGACAGCAAUCUGUUCUUCCUUUUCUUUUUCUGGAGGUUGGGUUUUCUUUUUUUUUCUUUUUUUUUUUUUUUAGAGAAAUAUACACCUAUUUUGCCUCCCUAUCUCACAGGAGAUACAGCUGCACACCCAUGGGUGGUAUGAGAAAGAAGUUGCUGUAAGGAAGCCUCACCAUGCCAACAGACCAUGGACCUUUCUGUGCAAUCUUUAUGCUUUUGUAUAAGAGGCAAUGACAGAGCUGGAAGAAGAAUACAGGUCAGCCGAACCCUCUUCUGGGUUGUGCUGUCCCUCAUUAAUCAGUGUGGCUGUCCAGGUGUUAAAAUGCAUAGGUGAGCAUGAUGUAGACCUUCUGCCACACUUCAUAUGAAUGUUGGUCUUUGUUAUGACAGAUAUGAAGAAAAAGCACAGGAAAUAUCCCUAUCCACCUAUGAAUGUCCUAAUUUCCCAGUUAUUUGCAGUUCUCUAUUUAGAUUGAGCCAAAUUCCUGAACCUGCAUUUCAGCAGCGCCUUGCUCCACUAGAUUUAGUACUGUUUGUAGCUUAUAUGGAGCUCUGUGUGAGUUGCUAAGUGUGAAUGCUGAAAUCUGUGAGAUUUAAGGAUCAGAUGGAGAGAUACAUAGCAGGCCUUUACUAAGACAGAAAAUUCUAUUGAUCAGCACUGGUUCUUUCUGCAAGUACAAAGUAUGAGCAGUUGCCUACGUGUAAUCUCCCCGAAGAGCGACUUGUCCACCCUGUGCUCUCUCUAGUAAUUAGUUAGAGAUUGUUCAAGGUUGUAUUAUAACAACAGAGAACAUAAUUUUGACUGUACAGUGCCAAGGUUGGCCUUGUAGAUGGUGGUGGUUUUCUGAUUUUGUUUCUGGUUCACAGUAAACAUUCUUAACUAGAAAUUUCAAGAACAUACCUCUGACUUAGUGCUGGAUUUCUUUCCCUCCUCUUUCCCACACCACCAUUUUCUUCCUUAAUUUCUGUUAACUGCAGGAUAGCAUAAACAUAUGGUGCUUAAUUGUUGUGGUAUACGUAUGGUCACGUUUGGAGAGGAACAGUCAUAUAUAUUCAUAGCACAGAAAAAAAACAACAUUAUCCUCAGAUAACAAAUGCAAUGCCUUUUUUUUUUGUGCAAGGUGAUGUAUGCCUUGAACUUAUGAGAAUUGUAAUGCAUCAACAUCGCUCAGCAGCACAUUUGAUUUCUUUGCAGUAAAGAAUGACAGGAAUUCUAAAAUGUGUCUGUGAACGUGUUAAUCACUUGUUCCCAGUAAUCAGCCAGGUUUCUGGUAACAUCCACACUCUACUGCUUAUUGUGUAAACAAAAGCCAGUUCACCAAAAACUCUUGCCUUUAUAGACUCAUAGAGAAGUGACUAAAUACAGGACUCAGGCCUCUACUGCCUUAUCCCCUGUAGCAGUUCAUGCUUAUACCAGGAGUACAUAGCGUAGCUGGGAGGUGCUCUGAGAACAGCAUGGAAGCAUUUGGCAUCAACUUCUGCAUAUCCAAGAUUUUCAUGACUGCAUAAAGACACGAAGCAGUCAGAGAGCAGGAGAUAACAGCACUAACCCUAACCUUGUGCUGCCCUUGGAGCUCUUGAGGCCAAGGUUUCUCUGCACUGCACAGAAGUUGUCUUGAAAACUGCCCCUCUUCAUCCCCACAUGGAGAGUGCGGUAUGAAGGAGCAACCAGAAAUUAGGUUAAAAUGCCACACUACAUAACACAUUAUACAACAGGCAGAAAUGGAGUUUAUCUGGUGUUGAUGACAUACUGUAUUAGCAGAAUACCAUAACGUGUUACGUAAUGCAGUGCAUUGUUUUGUUAGUAUGAAUUUCCUGUACUUUUAUGCCUGCUGAAAUGCAUGUUUGACCUAUUUUCUGCUCCAGCCAUUUACCUGCUUACAGCCUUGUGUAAGAGCAAUAAGGGAAACCUCAAGAUUUUUGUCUGCGUGUGCGGUGUGUACGUUAAUUCCUUCUUUUUAACAGAAAUUCAAGAGAUGUUUUUGUUCUGGCUUUAGACUGUGACUCUCAUUUUAAAGUUGCAGCUGCCACGUCGUGUCGGAUCACCUCACGUAUCUGCUGACUUAUAAGAAGAGAACUGAAUAGUUUGUUGUCAUGUGCAGGGUUAAAAAUGCUUCUCAAGUAUGUCAGUAGUCAUCCCGCGUUCCACGGUCCAGUUCCUGGCAUUGAACAGUACUGCUAUAACCAGAGUUUGGAUCAGUUUUGUUCUUUUUUGGUUUUUAAAAAAGCAUUCUUGUCUUUGUAUGUUUUUUUCUGUGGGAGACAUUUGGACUUGUGUGAAAAUCAUUGAGUUCUGGGCUAAUUUUUGUUGCCUGCUGUCCAGUAAGAAGUCAAAGUCACUGCUGAAUUCCACCAAACAAAAAAGAGACUUAACUGUGACUCCAGUGCUGUCUGAGCGGCCAAAAAUUAUACCGAAAGUGGUUGUGGGAAAUUACAAAUGCAUUUUUUAGAACAAAUUACUCUGUGAAUGUGUAUUUAAUGGCUUGUUUAGUGGGAAGAAUAUGUGCGUUGGGGUCCAGCUUCUUUGUUAUCCCAGAAGACCCCGACUUCCAUUUUUGGCUUGUGCUUUCCUGGCAAACAGACUUUAGGAUUCACUCUGUGAAAUUUGGUUCAGUGAAUUUUAAAAAUUCAAAAUAUGCAAUUUUGGUAUGUGGGAUUUCUUUUAGGAAAUUGUGCUCAGUAAUUCUUCAUGCUUAACCACGAUGUAAAGGAGUCUGAAUGUUUUGUGAACAUGGAGCAAUCAUGAGCCCAAAGUUUCAUCUUUAUUAAUGAAGCUCUGUCUGAAUAAAACAUUAGCAGGAAAAGAAUGAUAUUGAAUGAAUUAUGGUACCUCUGUUACUUUGCUAUCAAAGAGCGUGGAUGGGAAUUUGGCAGAGUUGCUGUUUUUUUAUGAGGGGUUGGCUGAAAUUCGAGUCUUAGUGUUUUAAGGCAAAGUGUUAAGUGUGGGUUGUAGUAAAUGAUAAAAGGAGUUUCACAUUUAAUUACCACGGAAUGUGAAAUUAGAGCUGAAGACUACGCAGCCAUGCAACAGAUUUUUCUAUCUGAUUAAUCAGAUGAUUUAAAAGUAUUAAGUACACUUCGUGCUCAUGGGAGUGAGGGGCUGUUGGCCUUGACUUGACAUGCAUUUCACUGAUGGGGACCUGGCUUUGCCCUCCCAGUUGUGGUAAUGCUGUGAGCCAUGAGCCCUGGGCCACCUUUAUCAUAGGUCUUCUGAAACAAGGGUGGCUGACUUUGGACUGGUUUUGGUACAUUCAUGAUGGAGCUAAAAUGAAAGAAAAAAAUUAAUACCCAAUUUCCUUAUCCUGGUUGCACAUAUAGCGUGGCUUGAGAUUUGUCUUUUUCCAGACUUCUUCUGUGUUUGGAUGAAGGCAAAGCAGGGAUGGAGGGAAGAAGAGAUUGCACGGGAACAAAUGAGUUCUGGUGUCAUCCAGGAGGCUGUUGAAGUAUCAGCUGGCCCUGGAGGCAAGGUUUUUGUGCCUGAGCUUCAGCAGGGUGAGAUGGCCUGGCAAUGCUGCAGUGGAUUUACAGCACGUUUUAGUGACCUUUCCCAUGCUGUAUGCUGUCCGUGGGCUUGACAGCUGGGGCUGUUCUGUUCUUUCUCUUUGUCACUUUGCCUCUUGCAUGCCUGUGUCAACAAACAAAGCUGCUUUCUUCAUCCUCAAGUUGAAUGAUUUUGCAGACGUUUCUGAAGUUGCCCUGAGCAUCUUUAAUGAAAAAAAUUACCUUCAAAGUUCAGUGAAAUUUAAGGCUUAAUAAAUGCAUUCUUGUUUUUCAAGUGUUUCCUAAUGCUUCAAUAAAUUUCUCAUUUCAGCUCUAAGUAAAUCCUA